CCCUACAUGGCUGCGACCCCAGGAGCGGAGCGUCGUGGCCACUAAGACCUCGUGCCCUUCGACUGCUUGGCUGAUUCGGGACCCUGCCGUAGAACGUGCCCCGCUGGGGGCCCCCGACUCAGCCAUGCUGGCCUGUCUGCAGAGGACCCAAAACCCACCGGGCCAGCACCUGGCCUGCCCGAGCAAGAGUCUGGAGCUGCGCAAGUGUGAGACAACGGCGAGCUCCAUGCAUUCCUCCCGCUACCCAAGCCCAGCCGAGCUGGACGCCUACGCCGAGAAGGUGGCCAACAGCCCGCUGUCCAUCAAGAUCUUCCCCACCAACAUCCGCGUGCCGCAGCACAAGCACCUCAGCCGCACCGUCAACGGCUACGACACCAGCGGCCAGCGCUACAGCCCCUACCCUCAGCACGCUGCCGGCUACCAGGGGCUGCUGGCCAUUGUCAAGGCCGCCGUCUCCUCCUCCAGUGCAGCCGCCCCCGCCGGGCCCGCCAAAAGCGUGCUCAAGAGUGCCGAGGGCAAGCGGACCAAGCUGUCGCCAGCCACCGUGCAGGUGGGCAUUGCGCCCUACCCAGCGCCCAGCACCCUGGGGCCCUUGGCCUACCCCAAGCCACCCGAGGCGCCUGCCCCGCCACCCGGCCUGCCCGCUGCCGCCACUGCCGCCUCAGUCAUCCCCCUGCCAGGUCGGGGCCUGCCCCUGCCGCCCUCUAACCUGCCUUCCAUCCACAGCAUCCUCUACCAGCUCAACCAGCAGUGCCAGGCCCCGGGCGCUGCACCCACCACCUGCCAGGCUGUGGCCGUUCCCCACCCCAGCCCGGCCAAGCACGGCCCUGUGCCCAGCUUCCCCAGUAUGGCCUACUCAGCCACUGCCGGCCUGCCCGACUGCCGGAAGGGUACAGAGCUGGGGCCUGGAGCCACCCCAGCCCUGACCCUAGCUGGGGCCUCCAAGCCUGCAGGGUACGUGGAAGGUGGCCUAGAUUACCUGCUGUGGCCGCAGAAGCCACCCCCGCCGCCACCCCAGCCCCUGCGCACCUACAGCAGUGGCACGGUGGCCAGCAAGUCCCCGGAGGCCUGUAGCAGCCGGGCCUACGAGCGGGCCAGCGGGUCACCCCUCAACUGCAGCGUGGGGCUGCCCGCCAGCUUCACCGUGGGCCAGUACUUCGCUGCCCCCUGGAACAGCGUGCUGGUGACCCCAACCAGCGACUGCUACAACCCCGCCGCAGCGGCAGCAGUGGCGGUGACUGAGCUGGGGCCCGGAGCCACCCGGGAGCUAGCGGGGCCUCCUGCAGACGCCCUGGCGGGCCUGCCCAGCAAGAGCGUGUGCAACACGUCGGUGCUGAGCAGCAGCCUGCAGUCGCUGGAGUACCUCAUCAACGACAUCCGUCCGCCCUGCAUCAAGGAGCAGAUGCUGGGCAAGGGUUACGAGACGGUGGCCGUGCCGCGGCUGCUUGACCACCAGCACGCCCACAUCCGCCUGCCCGUCUACAGAUAGGUCUGCCCGGCAGAUGGUCGGACAGAUGGACAGUGCGCCAGGUGGGGGCGCAGGCUGAGGAGCAGGGUGGGUGGCUCCCAGGAUGCCCCGCCCCACGCCCUUGGGAUGCCCCGGAAAGCCAGGCUUGGGGCAGACGGAGGGGGGCAGGGUGACCUCACCUACUGAGACCCUCUCCCCAUCACUGCCCCAGGACACGGGGAGAGCCUGAGGGGGGCUGGGGACACCUACACCUUCCUCCAGCCAGGCUGCGGGGGCAGGGAGUGAGAAGCCACUUACACACAGGGAUGGUUCUUUCUGGGUCUCUGCCGGAGGACCUCAGGCUGGGGUGGGGAGUCAUGCAUUGUGUCCCCCUGCCCCCACAAGCCCCUGAAAAAGGAGCAGAUCGGGCCUAUAAGAAGUCACUGGGCCCAAGAUAGUCCCACACCAGCCAACCCAGGUGAAGAUCACUCUGACCUUAGAAUCCUAGAGGCCCUAGGACUACUGGUCCCUGUUCCUCCUCCCUCAGAUUCUCUCCCCAAGCCACUCCUUCCGAACAGAAUCACCUUCCCACCCCCACCCUCUACACCCUGGACCAACAUCUUCCCCUUUCUCUCCAAUACAUCUUAUAGGGCUGCUGGGCACAGUUACGCAGGCUGUGCACUGCACAAAGGCACCUCGUCUGAGGAGACACCACUUGCAUUCUAGACUUGUGUAUUUAUUACAAUUUUCUGCAUCUUGAGGAAGGGGCACCAUUUUCCUGUUCGCACAAAGGCACCAUAGGGGUUUAAUAAUGGACCUGACCCCAGGCCCCUCAGACCCCAUUCGGAGGGACUCUACCUUGUCUAAAGUAAGCCUGGAAGGUGUGGGGGGUCCUCCUGGGAGCCAGUGAGGGGGCGGGCUAUUGGUUUUGGAACCAUCCAACUCCUGCAGUCCACCCCGCAAGGCCUAGGGGCAAGAGAGGCAGGGGCCCCCCAAGGCCUGAAGCCCCCCUGUCCGGCCCCCUCCCCUGGCGCUCCAGAAGCGGUACUGUAUCUCUCUCCAAGGCCUGUUCAAGCACUAAGUGCAUUUACAAAUCUCUGAGAAUGUUUUUUUUUAUACUAAAAUUGACCAUUAUAUUCUACUGUGAGAAGUGCAGCCUGCACUAUAUUGUUUUAAAAACGAAGAGAAAGAAAAAAAGAGGAAAACACA